CAACAGCAAGACAAAAAAACUCAACUUAAUUUCUUCCUCACAAUAUUUCUCUUCUUAAUUUUUUGUCUCUAGAUUUUCAAAUCUCAUCAAGAUUCAAGACCCUCCUUGGACUUGAAUUUGCAAAUCUUUGAGUUACAUAUAAGAUGAGUAUUGUGUAUACUCAAGCUCUUGAUUACUCCGACAGUGGUUCAAGUUUGAACUCAGAAAUGGAUUCAAAAUUUGGUUACUCACAAACACAACAACAUUGUCACCAAAACAAUUCCGGUUUAUCGCGGUACAAUUCGGCUCCAAGCUCAUUGCUUACAAGCCUUGGGGACACAACCAUUGGUAAUUUUUUAAAUGAUAAUCAGCAUCAGAGUCAACAUUAUUCUUCAUCUACAAGUUCAGAAAUGGAAACCAUAUUAACAAAUUCUGAACCUUUGUAUGAAUUCAAACCAAUGAAAGAAGAAGAAAAUAACCCUUUUUCAAAUGGAUUAUUACAAUACAAUGGUUACUCUUAUGGUUCACAAAAUCAGAUAAUUUAUCAAACUCAGCAGAAUCAAGGAUUGGCAAAUGGUUUUGAUGGUUCAUUUAGUGCAAUGAGUUCCUUGGAUUCUUCAAAUAAUUGCUCCAAUCUCAUUAGGCAAAAGAGUUCCCCUGCAGAGUUUUUCUCCAAUUAUUCAAUUAAUAAUGGAAGUGUUAGUGGACAAGCUAUUACAUCAACUAGUGGAUUGCAUGGUACUUUGAAUUUCUCAUCAAGAUCAUCCUCUAGCUCUAUCAAGAUGCCACUGAUUAUAGAAAAUGAACAUGAAAAUCUUCAAGCAAAUGUUAUUAAAAGUAGAAACAUUGAUAAUGGUAUCACUAAAUGUUACAUGCCUAGCUUCACCAAUGACUAUAAUUGGGAUAGUUCUACAUUUAGUGCUCCAAAAAAUGCUACUAAUAAUGGUGAAUUCAUGUUUUCCACUUCAAAUGCUUUGGAAACUCAGGAUGUAGACUUUAGAUACCAAAAACAUGGUUUGAGCCACCAUUUGAGUCUUCCUAGCUCUUCUAGUAAGAUGACAACUAUGGAGAAGUAUUUACACCUUCAAGGAUCAGUUCCAUGUAAAAUUCGUGCCAAAAGAGGCUUUGCUACUCAUCCAAGAAGCAUUGCAGAGAGGGAAAGAAGAAUAAGAAUUAGUGCAAGAAUAAAAAAGUUGCAAGAUCUUUUCCCUAAUUCAGAUAAGCAAACUAGCACAGCUGAUAUGUUGGAUGAAGCAGUUCAGUACAUUAAAGAUCUGAGGAAACAACUUAAGAAACUAACAGACACCAAGGCAAAGUGCACAUGUACAAGUAAUUAGAAGAAAUACUUAGGCCUUGUGCUUAGUUUUUAUCCAUGUAGAUAACAAAAGGAAGAAGGAGGGAUUUGUAUUCAAUUUUUCUUUUAUUUUGCCAAAAUAAUGGCCAGUGUGAUUAUAUAAAAUAGUGUUAAUAUUUACCUAGUUUGUAUGAAUUUAGGUCAGGGUAAAUAUAUUUUCAGUUUUGUUUCAUUUUCUCUCUAUUUUUUUCCCUUUCUUUUUGUGGCUUCAUUUAAGGGUCGUAUAUUGUACAAUCAAGUUUAGCAAAAUAAUUAGUAAAUAUUCAUUGUACUCA